CGUGCUGCCAUGAGCUGCUCGGACGUGGUGAGGCACCAGCCACAGGCGACGUGCCGCCCGCCCCAGCUGAAGCUGCCCGGCGGCGCCGCGGCAUCGGCCGCGUGCCCCGCCGCCCCUGGCCCGCUCCCCGCGCCUCCGCUCGCGCACAGCCAACAGAAUAAGAUAUUUGUAUACAGCAAGAUGCAGGAAUCUCUGGAUGUGACCCUUCCUAAUAAACAAGAAGAAGAUGACAAAGAGCAGCCUACUGAGAUGGAGUACCUUAACUCUCGCUGCGUCCUUUUCACUUACUUUCAGGGAGACAUUGGCUCAGUAGUGGAUGAACAUUUCUCAAGAGCUUUAAACCAAGCUAGCAGCUUCAAUCCGGAGACUGCCAUUUCAAAAAGUAAGACAGGACUAAACGCUCUGUGGAGAGAGAAUGCAACAAUCGCAAACCAAAGAAGUGGAUUCCCAGCUUCGUUUUGGACCAGUUCAUAUCAAACUCCACCUCCACCAUGCUUAAGUGGGGUUCAUCCUGAUUUCCCAGUUUCUGCACCAGCCACCUUUGCAACAGGAGAUCCUAGCAACUGGCCUGGACAUACAUUGCAUCAAACUGCUCCUCCUCCACCACCUAGCAUGUCAGAAUCUUGGCAUUAUCCAUUAGCAUCUCAGGUGAGCCCUUCAUAUGGACACAUGCAUGAUGUGUACAUGCAUCACCACCAUCCCCAUGCGCACAUGCAUCACCACCACUCAACUUCGCACCUUGACCCGCGCUACAGACCUCUGCUGAUGCCUUCAGUGUGUGCGGGCAAGAUUCCUCCACCACAGUGUGAAGCAGCAAAGUCAGAUCCUACUGCUGUCACUAGUGCUACCUCAGCAUGGGCAGGAGCCUUUCACGGAACAGUCGGCAUUGUGCCAACCUUUGGUUUUGACACAGGGAUCCAGCAUCAGGAGAAAAGUAAGGAGACAUCAUGGUUUUGAAGUGCAAAUGGAACUAAUCGGUAACCAGCAUUGAGUUCCCACCCUUGUGAUGGGAUACUGCAAUCCCCCCUCCCCCCACUCCAUUUCUACUAUUACUUCACAGGACAUACAGCAAAACAUGAUGAGCCAACCAGCUAUGAUUUUGUGGAUUGAGCCUUUACCUCCAGAAGGUUAUUUCUAAAACCCGGGACACUGAAAAGAAAAAAGAAGCCAAUAGCUUUCUAUUGUGUACCAUUUGUCAUUGAGCAUUUUGGCAAUGUAACUUCUUUUUACUCCUUUUAACAGUAUUUUGCUUGGCUGUGAGUCAUUGUCUGUACUAAUGCACAGCCCUGAUCAUCAGGAGAGACAUAACCUUGAUUAGUAGUUGUCUUUCAGGAAUACAGUUUUUGUAGCUUUUUUGUGCAUCUAUUUUUGUAGAAAUACAGAAAGUUUGCAUAAGCAUUGAUGGGUGAUUUUAGAACAGUGUAUUUUUUUUUAAAAUUUAAAGUAUAAAAAUGUUAAAGUUCUGUUUAAAGAACUUGUUUGCAGAAAUGCACUGGCGAAGUGUUUGAAAUGCCUAGUAUUUAGAUGUCUGAUGUGUGUGUAUGAGAUUCUGUUUUGUUUGCUGAAAUACUGUGUUAUGAUCAAAUGGUUCAGGCCUUCUAUAACAAUCCCAUAAAGUAUUGAAUGUACUUUUCCUUUUGCUUAAGCAUUCAUAUGUAAAAUAGUUUCUGUGGCAGUGCUUUAUCACUAAAUAAUGAUGAGUUGCUUUGUUGCUUUGGAUGACAACUCUGAGUUGGGCAACUGAUGACAAAAUAUUGAAACAAGGUGCAGAUUGUUUUCAACUGAAAUCCUAAAUCCGGGAGUAGUUUGAACCUUCAUACUAGAUUCAGAUACAGUGUUAAUUAAAAUAUCAAACUUAGCUAGAGGGAGACCCAGUGUGUUGCUGAUGGGGAUAAGCUAUCUGGUUCUGUCCUGCCUUCAAGCAGCCUCCAUCUGUGUCUAAUGGAACAUCUAGCCUGGCCUCCCAAGAGUUAUGUUAGUGGGUCCAGGAAUUUGGAUGUUCCCUGUGAAAUUCCCAACUUUUCCUCUUGAAGGGAAAGACUUUCCCCCAAUUCUGUCUCACAGACUGUUCAGGCAGGUUCCUACUCACAGUGUAGGAUGCUGCACAGAGGCACAAGUACAGAUGUGAAAGGGCAAGCGUAAGCCCAGAGCUGGCAGUUACUGCUGCUCCGCCAGUUUUGGAGAUAACUCCUCCUCAUGCUGCUAUGGCCUUUGAACCUUGUUCUGUGACCUUCUGUGUCAGUAGCUCAUAGGAACAGGACUGUCAUUGAAAAUGCUAGUGAAAGUCUAUGGAGCUAUAAAAAUAUUAAGCUCUGUCAUCAAGCCAUGACUCCCAACAAAACUUAACAGCUAUUCUUGUUUCUUUGGAAAGUGUAUUUCUAAACUAUUUGCAAUUAUAAAUCUAGCAGGAAUCAGAGGUUGGAAUAUAUUCUGCAGGUCUUAAUAAAAAUACAUGCCCAGCAAUGGCUUUUGUGUUCUUGAUCAGGCCUUCUUUCUGUGGAAACUUUCUAUAUUCUCAAAUGCUCAGUAUUGUUAAAUAGUAGAAUAAAUCUGCUCAUUUUUCAUAAUGAGUUUUCAACU